UGUGGUCUGGGACUGGUUUACUCCAACAAGACGUGCACCAUGCCGCCCAUCACUUUCCAGGACCUGCCUCUCAACAUCUACAUGGUCAUCUUUGGAACGGGCAUCUUCGUUUUCAUCUUGAGCCUCAUCUUCUGCUGUUAUUUCAUCAGCAAACUACGACACCAAGCACAGAGCGAGCGGUUUGGAUACAGAGAGGUUGUUUUAAAAGGCGAUCCCAAAAAGCUAAGUCUUCACGGGCAGACGUGUGCUGUGUGUCUGGAGGACUUCAAAGUGAAAGACGAGCUGGGGGUGUUGCCAUGCCAACAUGCUUUCCACAGGAAGUGAGUAGAGCACGGCGAGGUCUCUCUUCACGCUUGUUUGCACCUUGCACCUACU